CGCGCGGCCGCGACUCCAGGGCGCACGGCGCAGGCGCGGCCCGGUGGGGCGGCCGGCGUAGGGUGGGCCGAGCGCCGGUGCGGCGACGUACGGGAGGCUGUGCGCACGCAGGGGGUGUGGCUGCACAACGCGGUGGGGCCCUGAGGUCCUCACGGCUCCGAGUUGGAGUCACUAUCUUCGGCUCUAGGGUGACACUGGGACUCUCGGCCUUGGAGGGAGACGCGUUCGCAAGGUCUCUGGCUGCAGAUUCGUGGACCCUUUCCGUGGGCGCCUGGCGUAGCCGUAGAUCAACUGGGACACCCUCUGCCCUUUGUAGUGCCUUAGGGACCCAUGCCAACAGGAGCCCCACUGGAUGUGUUUUUCUACGAACACAGAAGGAGUGGAAAGACCACAGUGCACCACAGGUGGCUGCAGCCCCGCCCAGCAUGGCGGCCCCACCAGACCCCCAGUUUGUCCUCCGGGGCACCCAGUCGGCGGUGCAUGCGCUGCAUUUCUGUGGAGGAGCCCAGGAGCAGGGGCACCAGCUUCUCCUCUCAGGGUCCCUGAGUGGGCUGGUGCACAUCUGGAGCCUGCAGACACGGAGGGCCAUCGCCACCCUGGACGGGCACGGGGGUCAGUGUGUGAUCUGGCUGCAGACACUGCCCCAGGGACACCAGCUCCUCAGUCAGGGCCGAGACCUGAAGCUGUGCCUGUGGGACCUGGCGGAGGGCAGGAACGCCGUGGUGGACUCCGUGGGCCUGGAGAGCGUGGGCUUCUGCAGGGGCUCCAUCCUGGCCCGGGGUCAGCAGCGCUGGAUGCUGGCUGUGCCCGGGAGAGGCAGCGACGAGAUUCAGAUUCUGGAGAUGCCAUCCAAGACGUCAGUGUGCACCCUGAAGCCAGAGGCAGAUGCCAAGCCAGGCAUGCCCAUGUGCCUGGAGCUGUGGCAGACUGACUCCAGCCCCCGCCCGUGCCUCCUGGCCGGCUAUGAGGACGGAUCGGUGGCCCUGUGGGAUGUCUCCGAGCGGAAGGUGUGCAGCCGAAUCGCCUGCCAUACAGAGCCCGUCAUGGGCCUUGACUUUGACUCCCAGAAGGCCAGGGGCGUCUCGGGCUCCGCGGAGAAGGCGCUGGCUGUCUGGAGCCUGGAUGAGCAGCAGGCCCUGCAGGUGCGCGGGACUCAUGAACUCACCAAUGCUGGGAUCUCUGACGUCAAGAUCCGGCCUGACCGGAAGAUCCUGGCCACUGCGGGCUGGGACCAUCGGGUUCGCGUGUUUCACUGGCGGACGAUGAAGCCACUGGCCGUGCUGGCCUUCCACAGCGCUGUUGUCCACUGCGUGGCCUUCGCUGCAGAUGGCCUGCUGGCCGCGGGGUCCAAGGAUCAUCGCAUCAGCAUCUGGUCGCUCUACCCACGCUCAUGACUUUCCCACUCCCUGUUCCGGACACACAGAGGACAGGGAGGUGCGCCCACACUUAGGCCUGACCCAGGCAUGUGGAAGCCGUGCUCAGGCCCCUGCGGACAGCAAGUCACCACUUCUCCUCCUCCGGUCUCAAGAAGAGCUUGGUCCGUGGAGUCCUCGCUUUUUGCACGCGGCUGUUUCCUCCUGUGAAAUAGGGCAUCUGUGCAGCCGUGACUCUGCAGUUUACAGGGUAACUGGGCAGACACCUGGGCAUGCGUCACCUGGGUAAGAGGCCAUGGGGUGCUUUACAGUAAAAUUAAA